UGGCUUUUGCACCUCAAACUGAAAAUGGGUCCUCUUCUCGAAUUGAUCUUCGGGAUUGAUCGCAUUAAGUGGUUUCAUCCUCGUAAGGAUUUGAAGAUGGGUCAAUUGGUCAUCGCCAUGGUUCUGGGAAUCACUCCAGAUGGAGAAAUGCACUGGGGUUUUAUUUCACGGCCUUAAUCAUGGAUAAAGGUUGUUAUUAUUCAACAGUAAGAGCUUCAUAGAUCGAUCAUUCGUAUCAGACAAUCAUGAUUCCAUCUGUGUCUAAUCUAAUGCAAA